AUGGCGAGUCAGCCCGCCUACAGAGACAGCGUAAGCCGGCUGCAUAUUAAGGCGGCGGCGGCCGUUGAUCAUUGCGAUGGCAACAGCAGCAAGUGCAGCCACUCAACGUCUGGGGUGGCUCACAGGUCAAACGAAGCGCAGGUCGGACCAUCGAAGCUCGGCAGAAGUACAACAGAAGCCGUGCUGUAUCCGGCCCGCCCAGGCUCGAGUGCUGUCGCCGCCACGACCAGUGCCCGCAGAGCGCUCGACCCCAAGUUCCUCCUCCCGUGCGCUUCCUCCCUGGCCUCCCUCGCGCGUCGUCCGGCGACCGGCGUCGCCGCCGGCGACCACCCAGGAGCUCAGUGCCAGCACCAUGGAUGCCCAGUCCUCGAGCUCUCCUUGGAGGUUCGAACGCCGCCACGGGACCUUCACCGGCCAGAUCCGGCGCCUCCCUCUAGGAUCCGCGCGCCCUCGACCUCCUCGACCCGAUCCGGCGCCGCCCAACCCGCCAUGAGCUCCACCAUGGCUCCCGUCGAGAUCCUGUGCAUCCUCUCGGUCGACGCACCAUCGUCGCAUGAGGACUUGGAUGCCUGGCUCGCUGACAAACUCCCCCAAAUCCUACAGGAGGUUCAGCCAGGAUGUUCAUGGGAGCCUUCGGCCGGCUGAUUGGCCUCCCCAGCCCAUGUCCAUGAGUUGACUCCAUCCGCCUCUGCCCCGAUCACCGGCCUGGACCAGGAGCAUCUUCUAUGUUGCAAGCAAAGAUUAUGAAACACCUGAACCAUCUUGCACGCGGUAAUAAAAUGAUUUAUUCAUCAAUCGAUGGUGGGUAGCAAGUAGCUCGAAGUAGACAACAACUUUGGACACUUUUGCCUGUUUCCACUACCUAUUAAUGUAUCAGGAUGUGUGGCUUAACUUUCAUAGACUAACUAUGCUCAUGAAAUAGCUGGGUUUAUGUUGCAUCGUUGCUGUUCAACCUUCUUAAGAACCUUAAACAAUAGGCUAUUUUAAUCUUUGUUGUUCAAGUAACAUGUUAAACUUACAUGGAAGCCAAUUCAAAUGGUUUCAGUACAGCUGUAUAACUAGCUGCUAGAAAAGGAAAUUACCUUCCAUGUAGCCAUCGGGUUCAGGAAAGGAGGUGGAAUUUGCCAACUGUUCUCUUCCUAUGGCAAUCUUCUCUGUUUUGCUGAAGGAUCAACUCUCAACACCCCUGCAUGAGCCCCAAGGCACCACAUGAUUCCUAUGAUACACCAACAUUGGGUCGGUCCUACAUUGCUGAACUAAUCUUCGUAUGAUAUAUGACAUUGGGCAAUUUUCUUUAUAGCCCGCGGUAGCAGGCAGUGUACUUAAUCUAGCUUCAGUUAUAGAAAAAACUGACAAUGUAAUUUGAUCCGGAUCUUGACUCCAAUCUCAGGACAGGACAAUGUAAUUUCUUUUAUAUGUAGCUUGCAGUCUUUGCGUCCCGGUGGCAUAGAAAUUAGGGUCCUAUGCAUACUAAAUGUGCAGCUUGGCAUGGCUUUUGGCACACACACAAUCCAUCAGAUGAACAGAACACUCUUGGAGUACUCCUGUAUUUCCUACAACAAUAUUACUUACAUUUAGUUUGGUGCCGUCGUGGAAAUUCAGAUGGGCGUUCCGCAGCAUGUUCAGAAUAAUACUUCGCAAGGGACAGCAGCUCGACGUCGAGCAGCAGCAGCAGGUUCUGCAACUUCGACGACCCCGAUGAGUCCGCGAUCAUGCUCAACUCCUACCAGAAGGGUGUGGAGGAGUUUCCCCUUGAACACCAUGACCUGAUUCUAAGGUUCAUAGUUUAGCCUUUUUUGGCUGUUGAUUACUCCUUUGGUUCUUUGUACAUGUUCUGAUUAAUGGUGCUUUGGAACUCUUGUGGUCUGGAGGUCAUUGUUCUACUGGCACUCACUUCACCUGAACGGCUGGAUCAGAUGAUAGUGGAUAUACGCAGUGUAGUAUAUUGCUAUAAGGUUGCGUAUUAGCUUUGAGUGAUUUUACUCUUAUUGGUAUCUUCACAAAGCUUGAAUUAUAUGCUGGUGUCUUGAUAGAUACAAGCCUCCCUCUUCUGCCCUUCUUUUCUCCAUCCUCUGCUGGUCGCUAGCACAUGUGAAUCGUUCUCGUCAAGAGCAUGCUUGUGACAUCAUUACUGUAUGUGAUGCAGGGCAAAAGGAUGUUGUCAUAAGGUAAAAACACAUUUAAUCAUUUCCUAUUUUUUCCUUGCCCGUUUUCGCCGUCAUAUACACUGCGUCUCCCACUGUAACGGUCAGCCAAAUUUGUAUUCUUGAAAGUUUUAAUCAUCUCUAUUCCAGCUAAGUGUUCAAGUGCGAUCUCUAGCCAAGUUUCCUUUGUUGUUGUGUUGUAUUUUGAGGAAAGGUGGCCGAGCAGCUCAUGGCAUCUGUGUCGCGCCUGCUCUGCCGCUGCCUUGACCCGCCGACGAUGUCGCCGGUUGAGCCGCAAGGGUGCAAGAUCAUAGUGGGGCCCAUUGCAUGGGCGUCGAGUAUGCUUGAUUUCCAUGUUGUAGGCGAAGGUGCUAGAGCUUGGUGGCGUGUUUGUGAUGUUUUUUUUUCUCCCGUUGCAACGCAACGAUUGAUUUAUUCAUGCAUCUGUCGAUUUACUCUAAAUUUUUUUCAGUCAUCAAACAUUAACUGGAUUGGUUUGUGGAUAUGCAGUGUGACAAGUCGUGUGAGAUGAAGGUGAUGAACCAUCUCAAUGUGAAGCCAAGUAUGCCAUGGAUUCGCCAUGGAUGAUGGAAGACUGGUAAAGGUAAAAGUUUGAGCUGUCAAAUUUUGUGUGACCGAGGUCCUGGACGGUCAAACGUAAAAAGUUCAGUGAAGAUUCAGAUUACAUAUGGAUUCCUUUUUGUUGCCUACAAUGCUAUAAUCACGCUAACUAUGCGCAUGGUGUGUACCAGAGAUGAUUCAAAAAUUGCUUGCCAAUAGGCAGCUGGAUGUCAAGGAGGCCGAAGCUCGUUGUGCCAAAACUAACACAUUAGAAUCUUUCAAUUUGCCGCUACCAUAUUUCAAAGUAAGAACACCGAUGAUGCAAAGGAAUCUUAUUAUGUAGCCAUAUGUAAUCUCAGUUUGUUGCUAUGUAUAAACUAUGAUAGGAGUAGGCCUGUAUAGAUGUGUAUCCAUUUUUGUUUUCUACUGAUCUAGGACAAAGGGGAUGUGCUGGACUAAGUGGCCAUUGCUAUUGAAGCAAAGGAGUGGAACUCGCAAUUUUUCAAUCAAUGGAGGUUAUCUUUCAUAUGGAUUUUAUUA